GAAGGAUAGAAAUGGAGGAAUACCUUCCUCCUCCCCCACUUCGUUUCUCCGCUCUUUUUGUCCCGUUUUAUCUCUGUUUUCCUCCACUCUCCUUUAAAAAGGAAAAGAGAAAGCCGGUGGCGCUUGUUGACAGUCCGAGAGAGAGAUCCCUGCGAGCUCAGGGCGGGAUCUGCAGACUGGUGAAGGGACGCCAUUGCUUCUGGGGAACGGUUUUGAACGUGGAUGUGUCCGCCUCUAGUGUUAGCCAAAUGAAGGCACAUCUCCUUUACAAAUUGCUGUCCUCAAGUUCAGAGCGCUUCUUUUCACUGACGAGAGAAAUUAAGUUUAAUUAGUUGAGAAUGUCAGUGCAAUCUACACGCGAUGGAUUUACCUCGCAUGAAGCCACUGUCCAAGAGCGGCUCCGCCACAGCUGGGAUGACGCGGCUCUCAACCCCUACGCAAACCGGCUUAGGUAGGAGGCGGAGACGGGGGCGGCACCUGGGGAAGGAACCGUAUCAAGCGCGCCAAGCAGGCAGGAAGGCGCUAACGGAUAAAUCCGAGGCCUCUCGGCCACUGAGAUCAACGGGAGCAUGGCUGGUGACAGCGAGCAGAGGCUGCAGGGCCGCGGCCAGACCAGCAGCGGGGUUGGUAGCGGCGGGGGUGAGCCUUUCCUCAUCGGGGUUAGCGGGGGAACCGCCAGCGGAAAGUCCUCUGUCUGUGCCAAAAUUGUCCAACUGCUGGGACAGAAUGAAGUAGACCAUUGCCGGAAACAGGUGGUGAUUCUGAGCCAGGACAGUUUCUACCAUGUACUUAGCACAGACCAAAAAGCGAAAGCUCUCAAGGGCCAGUUCAACUUUGACCACCCAGAUGCCUUUGACAAUGUGCUGAUUGCCAAAACUCUUAGGGAGAUCUUAGAGGGGAAAACAGUUCAGAUACCCGUUUAUGACUUCGUCUCUCAUUCACGCAAAGAAGAGACUGUAACUGUGUACCCUGCGGAUGUAGUGCUAUUUGAGGGCAUCCUGGCCUUCUACAACCAAGAGGUCCGGGACCUAUUUCAGAUGAAGCUCUUUGUAGACACAGAUGCAGACACCCGGCUCUCCCGCAGAGUUCUCCGAGACAUCAGUGAGCGAGGCAGGGAACUAGAACAGAUCUUAUCUCAGUACAUUACAUUUGUCAAGCCCGCCUUUGAAGAAUUCUGCUUGCCUACCAAGAAGUAUGCUGAUGUGAUUAUCCCGAGGGGGGUGGACAAUCUUGUGGCCAUCAACCUGAUUGUGCAGCACAUCCAGGACAUCCUGAAUGGAGGCUUUGGCAAGCGCCAGCCCAAUGGAUACCUGGAUGGCUACACUGCUCCCUGCCAGCAGCAGCACUCAGAAUCAAGCAGCAGACCACAUUGACUUCAGAGCUGCACUGAAUGUUCUUUACCCCAGCCCUGUAUUGAAGGCCACACACACAGGUGCACAGACAUACUCGCAGGGGUUGAUGGGUGAUCCUCUGUCUGCUGGAGAAAUUGAUGGGUCUGUGCAAUUGAUGGAACUUUGGCUUCCAUGGCCAGAUUUUGCCUGCUUCUGAUGGUUCUCCUUCAAACUCCAACACAGAGCAAUAAAGGAUGCCGAUGAUUUCUAGA